AUGAACCCUUUAGGAAACAAAAAGGGAAGUAAAGGGCCAAAAUAUGAAACAGGAGGGGUGUCCCCAUAUGAUGAAAAACCAACAGCACUUCAUUUGGAGAGCUGGGAUCAUUCUGAAGGGACAGAGGUAACACAUAAACAGGGAGCAGGUCAGAAUGAAAGUGGGAAUUGUCAGGAGAAAGUAGAGCAAACAGGGGAGUUUGAUCCGUCAAAGAUGGACGACAAUAGCAUCAGGGUAUAUCUGAAUGCUAUAAACCUGUCGUGCUUAUAUGCCAAGACGAGAAUAGAUGGGGCCUAUUAUUACAUGCUAAUAGAUUCAGGUUCAUCAGUAUCUAUCAUGUCCUUAGAAAUGUACCACAGAUUAGGGGUGCAACCGAGUGACAUCUCCGACACACGGUUAUCCUUAUUCACUGCUGGUGGUAAGAAACUAAAUAUCCGGGGUGAGGUAGCAGUAGCUAUUGAAAUUGACAACAGGCUGUUUGUACAAACAUUUGUAGUAGCUGACAUACAUGGGUUAACAGGGAUAUUAGGAACAGACUUCCUAGAACUAAAUGAAGCUUUAUUGAAUGUAACAAAACAGAAGCUCAUCACUAAAAAAGGGCAGUUGAAACUGUAUAAGCUACCUGUCUCAGGUGACAGUUGUGCUUCGGUGAGUGUGAGAGAUGAGAUCACCAUACCCCCAAGAUCCGAGAAGUUUGUAGAAGGUAGGAUAGAAUGCCUCUGUAGAGGGGAAGUGGGCUGUGUAACACAAGGGAAGCUUAGUUCAGAGUGGCCAAUUCUGGUAGCCCAUAGCUUAGUAGAUACCAGGAGAAGCAAGGUUAUAGUGUCACUGCUCAAUGUAGGAGAAAAUCCUGUUAAAAUCCAAGCUUUCACAAAGAAAGGCCGGGUUGACAUAGUAGAUCAAGUUCACCAAGGGGAAUGGCCAGAGAGCAAAACACCUGAACUACCAGAACAUUUGAAAUUAUUGGUAAAAGGGGCAUCCAGCAAGCUUACCGAGGGACAAAGUCAGGAAUUAACUUCGCUAGUAGCUGAAUUUCAGGAUAUCUUUGUAGGACCUGAAGGCAAGUUAGGGAAAACUGAUAUAGCUUCACGUAAGAUUGAUACGGGGGAAGCAAAGCCAAUCAAAGUACCACCGCGUAGGGUACCAUUAGCUCGGAAAGAAGUUAUAGAGCGCGAGUUAGAGUCGAUGCUCAAAGCUGGGGUAGUACAACCCAGUGAAAGUAGCUGGUCUGCACCGAUCUGUCUGGUGACAAAAAAGACGAAAGCUGUAGAUUUUGCGUAG